AUGGGGAAAAACGACUUGGCCCGAGCUCUUCUCUUCCAAUCCAUACCAGAGACUCUGAUUCUACAAAUAAGGAAUCUUGAGACAGAAAAAGAGAUCUGGGAAGCAAUAAAGUCAAGGAAUGUAGGAGCCGAGAGAGUAAGAGAGGCUAAACUGCAAACUUUGAUGGAUGACUUUAACCGGCUUAAGAUGAAGGAGACAGAAACAAUCGAUGAGUUCUCUGGAAAGCUCGCGGAGAUGACAGCAAGAUCGACAUCCUUAGGAGAGAACAUAGAAGAACCGACAAUGGUGAAGAAAUUCUUAGUCUCCCGAGGAAGAACCUAUGAAGAAAGAAUCAAAGGAGAUGAUCAACAAGAGGAUCAAGGUAACAAACUUAUGUAUGCUAACCUUUACUCUCCGGACGCCCAAGACGCCUAUGGUAGAGGAAGAGGACAUAGUGGACGCUUCAACAGAGGCAGAGGACGUGGUCGAUGGAACAACCAGCGAGACUGGAAGGAUGGAAGAGAUACGACGAGAGUGGUCUGUUACCGUUGUGACAAAGCAGGUCACUAUGCAUACAACUGUCCCGAUAGACUUCUCAAGCUGCAAGAAGUUCAUGAGAAUGACGAUGAGAGUACGCGUGAAGCAGAAGAGUUAAUGAUGCAUGAUAUUGUGUAUCUCAAUGAGGAGAAUGUGAUGCCAAGAAAGCUCGAUACACACGCUGAUGGAGAUAACAUGUGGUAUCUAGACAACGGAGCGAGUAACCACAAGUCUGGAAACCGAGAAUAUUUUUCUGUGCUUGAUGAACAUGUCACUGGAAAAGUGAGAUUUGGUGAUGAUUCUCGCAUAGACAUCAAAGGAAAGGGCUCAGUAAUUUUCUUAAGUAAAAAGGGUAAAAAGAAAAUAUUGGCGAAUGUCUAUUAUAUUACAGACCUGCGAAGUAAUAUCAUCAGCUUGGGGAAAGCUACUGAAUCCGGAUGCGACGUAAGGAUGAAAGACGACUACCUAUGA